AUGUCGUUAAGGCAGAACGGUGUUCGCACGCACAAGAUUGCUUCUAUCCCCGGGGACGGUAUAGGGGUAGAAGUAAUAGAACAGACGAUCAAGGUUCUCCGGACCAUAGAGGCACUGUUCAGCUCAUUCACUUUAGAAAUCGACACUCUGGACUGGAGCUCGAAGCGAUACUUAGAGCAAGGCAAAUACAUUCCCGCAGAUGGCUGGCAGAGAUUAAGUGUCAACGAUGCCAUCUUGUUUGGUGCUGUUGGAUCACCUGAUGUGCCCGAUGAUAUCUCCCUGUGGAACCUGAUUCUGCCGCUUCGAAAAAAAUUGAAUCAAUACAUCAACCUUCGUCCAAUCCGGAUUCUGCCUGGGAUUUCAGCUCCGCUAAAGGGCUGCGCAGAUAGCGACCUAGACUGGAUCAUUGUCCGGGAGAAUAGCGAGGGUGAAUACGCUGGCCAGGGCGGCAUCACGCACGAUGAUACCCCGAACACCAUUGCGAACGAAGUCGCCGUCUUCACCAGGGCUGGUAUCGAACGCACCAUGCACUUCGCAUUCAAAGUCGCUCGAGACAGACCCCGAAAGAAACUAACCAUGGUAACUAAGAGCAACGCCCAGAGAUACGGCAUGGUCUUGUGGGAUAAGGUCUUUUAUGAGGUUGCAAAGGAGUAUCCGGAUGUAGAGACAGACAAGAUGCUUGUAGAUGCCAUGACAGUGCGGAUGGUGCUGAAGCCCAAGUCGCUCGACACCAUUGUAGCUACCAACCUCCACGGAGACAUUCUGUCGGAUUUGGCCGCCGCACUGGCUGGCAGCAUUGGGGUUGCUGCUUCCAGCAGUCUAGACCCAACGAGGCAGAACCCCAGCUUGUUCGAGCCGAUCCACGGAAGUGCUCCAGACAUAGCAGGUCAGGGUAUUGCUAAUCCCGUCGGGGCGUUUUGGAGCGCUGCCGAAAUGCUCCGCUGGCUUGGAGAAGGCGCGGCGGCGGACCUCUUGAUGAAGGCCAUUGAGACUGUUACAGCCUCUGGUGCUAAGACAAGGGAUUUGGGGGGUGCAUAUGAUCUUGCUCAAGUCACUGAAGCAGUCAUUGUGGAGAUGAAGAGGUCAUUCAGCAAUGCCAGGAAAAUCGUGUCUAAAAUCUAA